AUGAGCUUCAUCGCCCGCAAGGUCGGACGCAAGUACGCCGCAAACCAGCUCGCCGGCAUCGAGCCCGAGGACCCGCACUACGAGCAGUACACCGACCAGCGGGGCAAGCAGCGCAAGCGCAAGCGGCCCCUCCCCGCCGGCCUCUCCAAGCGCGACGAGCGCGUCCUGCGCUCCGUUCGCCGGCGCGCCCACUACCUCGACAAGGGCUUCUCGAUCUGCGGCUUCCGCUUUGGCUGGACCGCAGUCCUAGGCCUCAUCCCCGGCGCCGGCGACAUUGCCCAGUUCCUCCUCGGGUACUCGCUCGUCCUCGCCAAGUGCAAGCAGGCAGAGCUCCCGGCCUCGCUCGUCCAGCGCAUGCUCUUCAACCAGCUCGUCGGCCUCGGCAUCGGCCUCGUCCCGCUCGUCGGCGACCUCGCCCUCGCCGUCUUCAAGGCCAACUCGCGCAACGCGGCCCUCCUCGAAGACUUUCUCGUGCGCCGCGCCGCCAAGUCGGCCUCGAGCGGCGUCGGCGCACCGGCACCGACCGCGGCCGACGAGGAGGAGCUCGCCCAGGCGGCCCUCGCCGGCGGGAGGAUCGACCGCCGCACGGGCGAGAAGGUCGGCGGCGCAAAGUCGGCCGCCGUCGCGUCGCACGACUCGAGCGGGACCGCAACGCCGGCAGCGGCGCCGCCGCCGCCGCAGCGCACGACGGGCGUCGGCGCAGGAGCGGGAGCAGGUGCGGGCGCGGCCACCUCGUCGACGGCGCCGGCGCCGGCGCCGCAGCAGCAGCAGCCGAUGCAGGCCCCGCCCAACAAGUUCUACGGCUGGGGCGGAGCGAGCCAGAAGGGCGAGACCGGAGCGGCGGGUGCAGCAGGUGCGGGCGGGAGGUGA